AUGGCACCAAAGUUGAAGAAUAAACAGCUAGCUACUCCAGUUGUCAAAGGAAAGAAAGGUAAAGAUGUUGUUGACGAAAGAUUUCAAGCAAUUGUUUUAACAGACUCAUUUGAAACACGAUUUAUGCCAAUGACUUCAACUAAACCAAGAUGUUUAUUACCGUUAUGUAACAUUCCACUUAUCGAGUAUACCCUUGAGUUUUUGGAAAAUUCAGGAAUAAAUGAAGUAUUUUUAUUAUGUACAAAUCAUGCAAAUCAAAUACAAUCAUAUAUUGAAAAUUCAAAGAAAUGGAACUCCAAAUCUUCACCUUUAAAAAUUCUAUGUGUAGUUAGUAUGGAAAGUCAUUCUAUUGGCGAUUCAAUGAGAGAUUUAGAUAAUCGUGGAUUAAUAGUAGGUGAUUUCUUAUUAAUUAGUGGAGAUGUUGUAACAAAUUUGGAUUUUUCAAAAUUAUUAAAAUUUCAUAAUGAAAAGAAAGCUCAAGAUAAAGAUCAUAUGUUAACUAUGGUGUUAAACAAAGCAAGUCCAUUACAUAAAACAAGAUCAUAUAAAGACCCCGCAGCAUUUGUUUUGGAUAAAGAUACCAAUCGUUGUUUGUAUUAUCAAUCAAUACCUUCCGUUGAUGGAAAAAAAUCAAGUAUAAAUAUAGAGCUUGAAUUGUUAGAAGACGCUGGUGAAGAUUUAAUCAUUCGUAAUGAUUUGAUAGAUUGUCAAAUUGAUAUUUGUUCAUUACCUGUUCUUAGUACAUUUCAAGAUAAUUUUGAUUAUCAAACAUUGCGUAAUGAUUUUGUUAGAGGUGUUUUAACUUCUGAUCUAUUAAAGAAAACAAUUUAUUGUUAUAUUUCAAAUGAUUCAUCUGAAUAUGCAUCCAGAGUUGAAAGUUGGCAAACGUAUGACUCAAUAAGUCAAGAUAUUUUAUCUAGAUGGUGUUAUCCAUUAGUUCCAGACAUGAAUUUAACUGAAGACAACCUGUAUUCAUACGAAUUUAAUAACAUUUAUAAAGAAGAUCAAGUUGUAUUGGCAACCACAUGUAAGAUUGAAACAUGUACUUGUAUAGGUAGAAAUUCAAAUAUUGGUGAAGGCACAAUUAUCAAAAACUCAAUAAUUGGUAAGAAUUGCCAAAUUGGAAAUAAUGUAAUUAUAAAAAAUUCAUACAUAUGGGAUAAUUCAAUAAUAGGAGAUGGAUCAAAUUUAAAUCAUACUAUAAUCGGAUCAGAUUCAAUAAUUGGUGAAAAUGUUCAAUUAUUCCCAGGUUCAAUAAUUGGUUUUAAUGUCAAAAUUGGUAAUGAUAAAACGAUACCACCAAAUGUUAAGAUUAUUAAAGAUGGUGACAAUUAUGAACCUGAUGCUGAUAUAAUUGGAGAAGAUGGUGAAGGUUUUAUUUAUGAAUCAGAUAAGGAAUUUGAUGAUUCUGAAUCAACAACAACUGCUACUGAAUCAAAUACAGGUUUCAUGUAUCAAGUAAAAACUUUAAACUUAUCAGACGACUCAAUUAAUUCAUUUACAAAUAAGAAAAUGAAAAAACGUAAUAAUCAUAAACGUAGAUUUUCUUCAAAUUCAAUGAUGUCUGAAAAUUUACAAUUUGAAAGUGAAUUAGAAUUAGAGGAUGAAGAUUUCCAUAAAGAAGGUUUAGCAACAGUAUUAAGAGCUAUUAAUAAUAAUCAUGAUAUUGACACUGCUUUAUUAGAAUUAAAUACUUUAAGAAUGUCAAUGAAUGUAACGUAUCAUGAAGUUAGAUUAGUUACUAUACAAGCUUUAUUACAUAAAAUUGUUGAAUUUAUAAGUACUGAUACUUUACUACCAAAAGAAGCAACAACUAAAAUAUUUUCAAGCUGGGGUAAAAUGUUUAAAAGACAAGUUUUCAGUAAUGAUGAACAAAUAGAUUUAUUAAGUAUAUUGAUUGAUGAAAUAUCAAAAUUGAAUCAAGAAUAUAAUCAAAUUGUUUUAUUUAUAAGUGUUAAAGUUUUAUACGAUUUAGAUAUACUUGAAGAAGAACAAAUUUUAAAAUGGUGGGAAGAAGACAAGUCAAAUGAGCAAGUAAAAAGUUUACUUGAGAAGUUUAUAACUUGGUUACAAGAAGCAGAUGAAGAAGAAAGUGAAGAAGAAAGUGAUGAUGAUGAAGAAUAG